AGUCUGACAGACGCUGAUUGAAUAUUCUCUGCCCCAUUUAAAACUUUCAAUGCUGUUUUUAAACUUUCACGAUUCUUCAAGGACAAGUUUUUUUUUCUUUCUGAGGUGAGCGUUGAUUUGAUCAUGCUUGCAGACUUUUCAAUUAUUUCGUAAACCCUCUGGACAGCUCUACAGGAUACUAUGAGCAGUCAAUCAAACUCUUGCAUUGAUCAUUUCUGCACAAAUCCCGAUGAAAUGCCGAGAAACGGAACAGAAUGACGCCAGUGUGGAACCAGCGACCGGGGCGAGAGCCACCGAGACCCAGAUGGGGACUCGCAGAUCAAAGGAUUAAACUGCCAAAAUGCCCAAACGCUGCCCCUCGGCAACCUCUUCAAUCUUACCUGCACAGAUCCAGACCCAGAAGGCCCCCGACUGAAUUUGGGUCUUCAGAAAGCCCUGUGUUUCAUUGGGAGGAACCAGGAGUCCCCAGAGCGAGCGGCUACCAUUCCAGACACGCAGAAUCAAGCCCGGUGCGUCCACGAAUCGUGACAGUAGUGCGGGCGUGUGGAAAUGACAGCGUGCGUAAGAUCUCACUGCUGUUGAACCGCCGUGCGGUGCAGACGUUUGAGCAGCUGAUGGCAGACGUUUCUGAAGCGCUUGGCUUUCCAUGUUGGAACAACUCCCGAAUAAGGCGCCUUUUUAGCCCUAUGGGACGAGAGAUUCACAGUUUGUCAGACUUUUUCCGCUUUGACCAUGCCUUCAUGGCCUUUGGGAAUAGCAGACCUUCUCUUGAAGAGGUGCAAGCAGCACUGGACGAGUUAUACCCGGAAAACCCCGUCCACUGCGAACACCUUCUGAGGGUUUGGGAGCGUAUCCUGAGACCAAAGGCCACUAAAGCGGAUAGUGGUUUCCAUGAUGAUGAUCCCGCGGGUGACAUGGCUUUACACGAUCAGCAGCCCAAUGUCAACAACUUACAGCCUGUUGGAAGACAAAAGGAAAGGGCGAAGAGAGAAAAGCAAAGAGAUCUGUGGAGGAGGAAAGAAGAAGAGAAGGAACCAAAGAAGGAGGAGAGAAAGAGAGAAGCGGUCUACUGCCGGAGCUGUCGAGGAUGUGGACCUCUUAUCCCUCCAAUCAGGCCAAAAAACCAAGCAGAAAAGCUUAAUGCCAAUACUAAAUCUGCUCCUCAAAACCAGGACUUGGAGACCAUAUCUGAGCAUGAUGCUAAUAAGCAAGAAACUGAAUUAAAAGAUGAUAACGUACCUCCUGACGGUGCUGAGGUUUCACUGGAGGACAUCGAGCGCUGUUAUAUCAUGGGUCGUGUUGUAGGAGAUGGGAACUUUGCGGUGGUCAGGGAGUGUCGUGUUCGAGGUCUUACUGAAACAUUUGCGAUGAAGAUUGUAGACAACGCAAAGCUGCAGGGACGCGGUCACAUGGUCCAGAAUGAGAUCGCUCUGCUGCGUAGCCUGGAGCAUCCGCGGAUCAUCCAGCUGUUUCGUUCCCAUCAUACGAACACUCAUGUUUAUCUGCUGAUGGAGCUGGUCAGCGGAGGAGAUCUGUUCGAUGCCAUCACUCAGAGCGGCAGGUUUACUGAGCCCAGCGCUGCGUGCAUGGUCAGAGACAUCAGCCAGGCCCUGGAGUACAUCCAUGACAAGAGCAUCGCUCACAGGGACAUCAAACCCGAAAACCUGCUGGUACAGCGGCAUGGCAAUGGCAGCCUGAAUCUGAAGCUGGCUGAUUUUGGAUUGGCUUUGGUGGUAAAAGAGCCCGUGUUCACCGUCUGUGGCACACCUACAUAUGUUGCUCCAGAGAUACUUGCUGAAACAGGUUACGGUGUUGGAGUGGAUGUUUGGGCGAUGGGAGUGAUUCUGUUUGUGCUGCUGAGUGGCUUUCCACCAUUCCGCAGUCCAGACCGAAAUCAGGAGGAACUAUUUCGUCUCAUCCAGAAAGGAGAAGUCCACUUUCUGUCCCCUUACUGGGACAAUGUGUCUGAAGGUGCUAAAGCUCUAGUCAAGUCUCUGUUGGAGGUGAACCCGAAAAAACGACUGACCGCAAGUCAAACUCUGCAGGACGAUUGGAUUCAACAUGCGACAACACAAAAAGACCAUAAGGGGGCGAUAAAGGCCACUAACUCCACAGCUGAGCGAUGCAACCAGCAUAAACUAAGCAGGCAGGUGGAAAAUGCUGAAAGCAAGAAACACUCUCCAGAGACAUUUCACACAGCACAAAUUCACGAAAACAUGCGACACAGUAAACGUGUCCCAGAUAUAAACACGACUGACAGAAACCAGCAGAUUCAGGAGACUCAUAACAUACAGAGCAAGCAACAAAGUUCAUACCAUGAAGAAGACGACGACACCAGCACUGACCAGAAAUAUAACACAGAUCAACACAAACCUGAGAAACCUGAACAGCAAGAAGACACCGACUCAAAACAAGAGGGACUUGCUGAGUAAUGGGUUACUUGAAGGACAUUCAAGACCGAACAAAACAGAUUAAGUCUCAUGUAUUUACAUUUCAAGCAUUUCCCAUUCGUUUUCCUUCAACUGGAAUGACAAAAUUGAGCCCAUUAUUAAUGUAAAGCUAAGGUGUUU